CGGCGCAAGGAGCGGAUGGAGGUAGCAGGGGGUGAAAUGACAUAGAAAAGUCUUCGAAGCGCUGACUGCGAAAUGAGCUCCUUCCACUUCAUGCCAAAAGGAGGUAAAUUGAAACUCCAAGAAUGAAGUGUCAGCUCAUUUGCAAGUUAAAGGAAAACCACAUACAAGGCAACUAAAUAAAAACUAUGGUAUCAGUGCUUUGUCAGUUGAACUGUCCAGAAGAAGUACGUACUCGGAAGCUGUUACACUAAAGUGUUGAACUCUGCUUUGUGUUUCCCUCCCUACUACCCCAACAUACCUGCAUGUGAAAUGUUUCAAAAGAAGGAGCUGGUGUGGCUUAUUUGUCACUAAAGUGAUCUACACUGGAUAUAAAACAAAAGAUGACAUCUAGGUUUUUGCUUAUUGGCCAUCUCAUUCUACUGAUACCUCUGCUCUGCGCUGAAGAAUGCAUUAUUUGUGAUUACUUUGUACUUCUUGGAGAGCCUACAGCUAUUAGUUGCCCAAUAUUUAUAUCGCCAGCCCUUCAAUCUGAUUACAAUCUGACGUGGUAUAAAAAUGGUAGUUCUACACCAGUAACCACAGAGAGAUGGGCCAGGAUCCAUCAGCGACAGGACUUGCUUUGGUUUAUUCCUGCAACGCUGGAAGAUUCUGGACUUUAUGAAUGUCAUGUAAGGAGCUUUAACUACUCUAAGAAAAAAACUAUAAAUUUAGCAGUUUUUAAGAAUGAUAACAGUUUGUGUUUUAAUGGAAAAAUGAGGUUUGAACAAAAAGUGACAAGCAGAAAUACUGGAAAGAUAAUAUGUCCUGAUCUAGAACAUUUUAAAGAUGAAGACAAUAAUCAGCCUGAAGUACACUGGUAUAAGGAGUGUAAGCCUGGAUUUCUUGAAGACAAGAGACUUCUUUUGGCAGAGGGUGAAAAUGCUGUCUUGAUUCGCAAUGUAACUGUACAAGACAGAGGAAACUACACAUGCCGUAUGGUGUACACAUACAUGGGAAAGCAAUAUAAUGUUUCAAGAACCAUGAGUCUAGAGGUUAAAGAAAGACCCCUGCAGAUGAGGCCAGAGUUUAUUUAUCCGAAGAAUAAUACAAUUGAAGUAGAACUUGGUUCUCAUGUAGUUAUGGAAUGUAAUAUAUCAAGUGGCAUAAAUGGCUUGAUUCCAUUCUGGCAAGUUGACGAUGAGGAUGUUGAUAUCUUUGAUAGCACCUACAGGGAACAGUAUUAUGAUUUCUCUACAGAUGUUUACUUUUUACCAUUUUUUAAUGACAGAGAGGGGAUGCCUCAUGGACUUGCUGUAUCUGGAACAAAAUUUAACAUUUCAGAAGUGAAAGUAAAGGAUUAUGCACAUAAAUUUUUCUGUCACUUCAUAUAUGGUUCUCAACAAUUUACAGCCUACCUCAAAUUGGAAAGCCCAGCUCGGAACAUUCAAGGUUACUUAAUUGGAGGAGGAGUUUCUUUAGUAUUUUUAGGUUUUUUUACUCUUUGUAUCUACAAGAUCUUCAAAAUUGAUAUUGUGCUUUGGUAUCGGGACUCCUGCCAUCUUUUCCUGGGUAAAAAAGUUUCAGAUGGGAAGAUCUAUGAUGCUUAUGUUGUGUAUCCAAAAAACAGAGAGAGCUGCUUAUAUUCAUCAGAUAUUUUUGCUCUGAAGAUACUACCAGAGGUCUUAGAAAGACAGUGUGGGUAUAACCUCUUCAUAUUUGGGAGGGAUGAUUUACCAGGAGAAGCUGUGAUCAGCAUCGCUGAUGAAAAAAUUCAUCAAAGUAGAAGAGUGAUAAUUGUUUUAGUACCAGAACCCUCCUGUUAUAGUAUUCUAGAAGAUGUAUCUGAAAAGCAGCUAGCCAUGUACAACGCUCUUAUCCAAGAUGGCAUUAAAGUAAUUCUCAUUGAACUGGAAAAAAUACAGGAUUAUGCAACCAUGCCAGAAUCCAUCAAGUAUGUUAAGCAAAAGCAUGGAGCGAUCCGAUGGAAAGGGGACUUCUCAGAAAGGUCUCACUCGGCAAGUACCAAAUUCUGGAAGAAAGUGCGCUACCACAUGCCAUCCAGAAAAAAUGGAUCUUCAUCAGGACUGCAUUUGUUACCAAAAGACUUUAAUUCUCCCUAAAUAACAAAAGAAAAAUGACACUUAAUGACUAAUUCCAUUCACAUGGUUGGUGAUGGAUUGAUCGAAGGUCACAUUUAUCUGUUUUGUGCAGACAAUCUUAUCCAGAUUUUUUUGGACUGAAGGUACUGCAGCUUCAUCUACAGAUGUGAAUCAUUUUUUUUCUUCUGUCCAGAACAACAGAAUGCUUUGAAAUGCCAUCAUUAGCACAGAGAUGACAUGAAUAUCACAUAGGAAGUACAUGAAGCCUUUUCCAAGAAUUGCACUGUGAUUUGCUGGAAAUUUUUUGUUAUUAAAACUGAAAGGGGAGAAAAACUAUCACCCCCCAAAAAAAAAAACAA